UUUUAUGUAUAGGUGAAGGAAAAUUUGCUUGUGUUUAAUGUAAGAUGAGUACAUUUUUCCUGUCUUUGGUUUAAAAUCUUCAAUUUCUCUUUCUAAUGAUUUUGAUAAUGCUGAUUUGUGCUUUUGGCUGGUCGAUGUGGUGUCUUUUCUCGUACUUUGUCAGUUUCUUAGAGUCUUCCGUUUGGUGUAGUUGUUUUAUUUUUUAUUCGAUUCGGUUUUAGUGAUUUGUUGUGGUUUGUUUAUUUAAAAAAAAAAUAAACCAAAAUAAUACAAUGGCUUCUUUCGAUUUAUCCGUAAUGAAUGAAGUUUUGAGUUACGUGGAACGUGGGGUUACGAGUAAGGAGAGUUUUUUGUUGCUGAAGUUAUCUGAAAUUGAGGAAGCUGAACGUGAAUCUUUCGCGAGAGGAGAGAGGGGAGUGCGUGUGGUUGUAUCUUCGUGGGAGGACGCCGAACUAAGGGAGGGAACAGGGCCUUGGCCUCUUAUGACCUCCAGAUGUUAUCCCGAGAGUGCCCCUUAUGAUGAUGCUGUAUGGCAUCAGGAGUAUAGGUGGUCUUGGGAGUUCAAAAAAUAUGAGUCCCGUUAUUAUUGGGCUCCGGAUACGUACAAGACUCCCACUUCCACUUCUGUGUCCAAAGAAGAAUUGAUGGAGGAAAUUAUAGGUAUUUUGGGCGUCAACGCUUGUUGUAGGAGCUAUAUGUUUUUACCUAAUGAUCCUCCUAGGCUUGGGUUUCGCCCCAAAAACUCUGCGUUAGAGCUCGUUUUCGUGCAACGUUAUAAAUUGGAGUGGGAGGAAAUGAUAUUGGUCUCGAAAGCUUGGGAUGUGCGCUGGAAUCUUCCAGUCCAGAGUGUCUGGUAUCCCUGCUAGCUUGUAGCAUGUUUUCAUUAUAUAUUGAAUAUUUUAUACUGGUGUUAAUUUUGUAUAUUAAUUUUAAAAAGAAAGUUGAUUAUAAUUAUUAUUGUAGCUUUGUCGAGCAGGGGGGGAGGGGGUUGGUGGUUUUAAUAAAUUGACGGUUUCUUUCUUAAAUGGUCUAAUUAUUUUCCCUUUUUUUUUGUUUUAUUGUUUUUAA